AUGGAUGCUCUCGCGCCUUCCGUGUCCACCUCCACCGCUGCUGCUCUCCCCUUCCUCCGUCCUGCGGGGAACGGCGGCCGUGUGUACUGUUCCGGUCGAGGCCGUCGAUCUGCGGCGGCGGCUACCUUCUGCUCCUCCUUCGGGGUCCCUCUGUUCCUCUCUGCCUGCAGCAGCAACAGCGAGGGGAGAUGGCGGCGGGGUAGGGGGCCUCCUUGUGCCUCCAUCGGCGGCGCUGAUGGCGGGGACGAAACAUCGGAGAGGGAGAGCGCGAAGCAGAGUAGUGAUGAGGUCGAUGAUGUGGAGAGGGCUCUCGGCAUGGACGGAGGAAUCCCGAGGACAUCCGGGGAGUUCCUGCGGCGGGUAUCAUCCCGUGCCUACGGCAUGCGACGGGACCUGCAGCAAACCCUAGACUCGAUCAGUUACGACGGUAAACUGCUCCGUUCCCUUCUCUCCUUCGACGAAUUCCCGGAUGAUACUCCUUUCGUGUGGUUGAAGGAUCGCUUUCCAAUCUGCCAUAUAUUUUUUUUUCUCAAGUCCAAUGAUGAAACCUGCAACUCCGCUCUACAAGUGACUGGAUCUCUGUUGAUCUCGAAGACUCCAUGAGAUGUGCAUGUCUGCUGAAACAUUAGGGUGAUCUUCGAUAACCAAUCAGAAAGAAGCUCCAACAUGAUUCCAUUUCACUUGCUCACUGGUAGAAUUUAUUCUUGAUGUUCUUAGAAGAGGGUCAUCAAUCCUACGCGGCGGAUUCUCCCGACCUGUGCGUGAGAAAGCAGGCUCAUCACACGGAAACUUGCUUGGAUCUCCGAUGAGUAAUGCCUUUUGGGCAGCAGAUCGGCCACUGUUCUCUGAUUUUGUUGCCAAAUUUCUGGAGUCUGAAUACUAUGUGCCUUGUGAUUGUUGAUGCUCGACAUGUCAAAAUUGUUUUCACUAUGCUUUUCCUUUUCCUCUUCUUUCAGUGUUAGAUUCAAAUCCAUGGCGAGGAAAUCCAAAACCUGUCUAUGUUCUCACUCAAAGAGAAAACCAGAUAUGGACGAUGAAAACGAGGAUGAAUCGUAGGUCUGUCCUGGUUCUCUUUUCCUCCAAUCCCUUCGAUACAGCGGAAAGCUUGCAGACCGACUGACCAUUUUCGGGUGCGCAGUGAAGUGGAAAGGGAGCUCGGUCUCCUGUUUUCUAGAGGAAAGAGGCAAUCUGACGUAGGAAACAAGUCGAAGAGCUCCAGUACCGGGUUCAAGUUCCGAAUGCUCGUAGAAGAUAUCAGGGAAGGAGUCCUUGUAAGUAAACAUCUCAGACAGGACUCCAUGGUGGAAUAGAUCUUCAUCAGAAAUCCUGGAUGCGAUCAGAAUCCUCCGAUGGAAGUUCACAUCGCCAGAUCUGGCCUUGUUUCAGGUUUUCGAAGACGAGCAAGAUGCCGCGAAAUACUGCGAUCUGCUUCAGGGGGGAGGCCAGGGCUGCGAAGGCAUUGCGGAGCUCGAAGCGUCGUCGGUGAGGAGGGGACGAUUGCCGAAUCCUUUCCAGUCAUCCAUGUCGAUUGCUUACGAGCUGCUCUCCUCGUCCAGGUCUUCGACAUUUGCCAGAAGAUGAAGGCCCUCGCCGUCCUCUUCCGCCGGGGGAGAACGCCGCCAUUGCCGGAGAACCUUCAGCUCAAUCUCCGCGCUCGGAAGCGCUCUCUGGAGGACCAGGAGGACGUCUGA